GGAGGGGGGCAGCGCGGCUUCGGGCGGAGGGCCGGGCGGUUCCCACCUGCCCGCGCGCCGGCGGGGCGGCUCAGCGGUCCUGCCCCCGCCCCUCCCCCGCCCGCUGCCCCCGCCCCUCCCGCGCUGGCUUUCUCCCUCCCUCCUUCCCUGGCGGGGCUCCGGCGGCGGCUGCGGCGGCGGCGGCGGCGGCGCUUGGCGCGGGCAGGUCCCCCUGCUGCCCGGUCCCAUUUGUUGCCGAGUCCUGCUCGGAGCGGCGGCGGCGAGCGGAGCUCCGGGGAGCCCGGCGGGGCAGCCGCACAGCCACGACGGAGCAGCCGCGGGACUGGCCGCCCCGCGCCCCCUUCGCCGCCGUGCCCUUCCCCGGCGCGCUCACCCCGUUCUCAGGAUGGGAUUGUAGCGGCGGCGCGGACUCCGCGGGGAUCGCGGCGGAGGAGGCGGCGGCGGCGGCCGAUCGGGGCUCCAUGUUUUCCCCCGGCCAGGAGGAGCACUGCGCCCCCAAUAAGGAGCCUGUGAAAUAUGGGGAGCUGGUAGUACUAGGGUACAAUGGUGCUUUACCUAAUGGAGACCGCGGCCGGAGGAAAAGCAGAUUUGCUCUCUAUAAGCGGCCAAAGGCUAAUGGAGUCAAACCCAGCACGGUCCAUGUGAUAUCCACGCCACAAGCGUCCAAGGCUAUCAGCUGCAAAGGUCAACACAGUAUAUCGUAUACUCUGUCAAGGAAUCAGACUGUGGUGGUGGAAUACACACAUGAUAAAGAUACGGAUAUGUUUCAGGUGGGCAGAUCAACAGAAAGCCCUAUCGACUUCGUUGUUACAGACACAAUUUCGGGCAGUCAGAACAAUGAUGAGGCCCAGAUUACACAAAGCACCAUAUCCAGGUUUGCCUGCAGGAUCGUCUGCGACAGGAGUGAACCUUACACAGCACGGAUAUUCGCAGCCGGAUUCGACUCUUCCAAAAACAUAUUUCUUGGAGAAAAGGCAGCGAAAUGGAAAAACCCCGAUGGCCACAUGGACGGGCUCACUACAAAUGGCGUCCUGGUGAUGCAUCCACGAGGGGGCUUCACUGAGGAGUCCCAGCCUGGGGUCUGGCGUGAGAUCUCUGUAUGUGGAGACGUGUACACCUUGCGAGAAACCAGGUCGGCCCAGCAGAGGGGAAAGCUGGUGGAGAGUGAGACCAACGUCCUGCAGGACGGCUCCCUCAUUGACCUGUGCGGGGCCACCCUUCUCUGGAGAACAGCAGACGGCCUUUUCCAUACUCCAACGCAGAAACACAUCGAGGCGCUCCGGCAGGAGAUCAAUGCCGCCCGGCCGCAGUGUCCCGUGGGGCUCAACACCUUGGCCUUCCCCAGCAUCAACAGGAAGGAGGUGGUGGAGGAGAAGCAGCCCUGGGCAUACCUCAGCUGCGGCCACGUGCACGGGUACCACAACUGGGGCCACCGGAGCGACACAGAGGCCAAUGAGAGAGAGUGUCCCAUGUGCAGGACUGUGGGCCCCUACGUGCCUCUCUGGCUCGGCUGCGAGGCAGGGUUUUAUGUAGACGCAGGACCACCAACUCAUGCUUUCACCCCUUGUGGACACGUGUGCUCAGAAAAGUCUGCGAAAUACUGGUCUCAGAUUCCGUUGCCUCAUGGAACUCACGCAUUUCACGCUGCCUGCCCUUUCUGUGCUACCCAGCUGGUUGGGGAACAGAACUGCAUCAAAUUAAUUUUCCAAGGUCCAGUUGACUGAUGCCCUUGACAGCCAUCUACGACUUUAUUAACAAGUUACUGUGAAGAUUUUGCCACUAACUCUAGAUUUUACCUUUUUAUAAUGCUGUUUAUUAAGGGGAGGGGGGGCUGAGGCUGGUGGGGGGGGAAGGGGAGGGACAUGGCGAUGAGACAUGCCAGGAAUUUAAGGCAUCGGGUGUGUUGCAUGCUCAAAAAAGCGGCAUCGUCAUUGAAGCCUGCUUGAUGAAACCAUAAUCUUUGUCAUAAUUGGAUUUAAAAUGCCAUGCUUUUAUUUGAACCUUGGGUUUUCAAACAAUGUUUUCCUUUGUAAACUUGGAUGAGACUUUAAAAUCCUAUUUUGCAAAUGUAGAAGAAAUUUAUUCAGAAGUUGGCUCUAAAUGGGCGACCUUCCAUGCUGCGUGGUGUAGGUGUGAACGGAAAGACAUGCAGGGCCUGGGAGUACUUGAUACAGGCUAGAAUCUGACCAGCUCCCACAGCGGUGGCGGUGGGGAGAUGUUAGGCACAGGUGGCGGUUUUGAAAUCCGGGGUUUUCAGAUUUUUCUUUUUUGGGGAAAAGAAUAUUCAUAUACUGUUGUGUGUUUUUGUUUUUAGUUGGGUGGAGUUCGAUGACUUUAUCUACUCAGUCAUCAAAUACCUUGGCAUUUCAAAGACAUUUCCGUAACUUUUUAGUCUGCCUUUUGUUGCUUCUGUUUAAGAUGGUCUGUCCCUGAUUGUAUGGCCACAACCGUUGGGUUGAUUAAAAUGCAGCAACUCUUAAAAAUUCAUUAACUAAGGGUGAUUAUUAAUUGCAGCAGUCAGCAUGGCCUGGGUACUAUACCAUCAAGUUCCUUUGCUUACUGAAUUGCUCAAGAUUUAUGAGUGAUUAAAAAUAAGAUUUUACUUUUUAAAACCA